CUUCCCCCUGUAGUGUAGUGGCUGAAGGAGUGUUUUUCUGCUCUUGUAGAUGGUAGCAGCAGUAGCAGCGUAGCAGUGCCACUGUGAUCAUGAUGCUAACUCUGUGUAACCACAGAACACUUAUGUGUAACUUUGUGGCUGUUGUGGUAUGUUGUGGGUUGUGUCGGGCUAGUCAGGCUUUCGUUGCUGUCAUUUCCUUUAUUUUUUAAAUUCUCGGUGACAGGCUUCCAGGCGCUUACGCGUUGGUGAGCAUUGGGCAUGAUGGCUGCAGCAAGUGGUGGCAAUGGUCACAUGGAUGUAGAUUGCCUGCCAGAAUUGGAGGCAUCACCAGUGCAGAAGCAGCAGGAUACAGUGAAUAGGUGCCAGACAGAUCAGGAUGUCGAAAGUUUGAGCCGUCCCACAAGAGAGCAGAGCGAGCGGGACCUAGUGGGAGAGAGCCAAGCAUGUCAAAAGGCAGGAGACCAUCAGGAAUUGGAAGACUCACCAGUGAAUGAUCCAGGGGACCCAGAAGGCCAAGGUCGAGACAAGGGGCAGGAUGACCAAGAGCAACAAGACUCCGAAGUUCAAGCUGGCCAGAAACCUGUAGACCCAGACGAAGCGGCAGCUCGGCAGCUGCGGCGUGCUGCAGAGAAAGGUGAUGUGGCUACUCUUGAGCGGCUGCUGGACGCGGACCCUUCCCUGGCAUUGCGCACUGACUCCGAUGGCUACACAGCACUGCAUCGGGCCUGCUAUGCUGAUCAGCUGGAGGCUGCGCAGCUGCUGCUAGAGAGGGCUCCGCACACCCUAGAACGGCCCACAGUUGACGGCUGGCGUCCCCUGCACUCAGCCUGCAAGUGGGGCGCACUCAACUGUGCGCGGCUGCUAGUCGACAGAGGCGCUGAUGUGAAUGCACCCAGCGAAGGCGGUCUGACGCCGCUGCACCUUGCGGCCAGCCAAGCACGUUCGCGGGCCCUGCUUGAACUGCUACUGUGGUCGCCAUUCGUCAAUGUUGAAGCACGGAGCCGUGCGGGUGACCGACCAGCUGACUUGGCCCACCGCCACAGUCCCUGGGCAAGCCUGUUUGUGCUGCACUCUCCGGCGGUCAACUACUAUUGACAGACAACAUGCUUCAUAGACUUGUGGCGUGUACGCUAGCUGGUGUGUGUGAGGACACACUUAGUUUUGUGAGACCACUACUACCAGACUUUGUUGUGCAAUUCAGGCUCCUGUGGAUUAAUUGUCGUGACGCUGUUAAUAUCUUUGUCAUUGUAUGGGCAGAUUAAAACUUAUUUUUGACUUUGAA